AUGCUGCCGACCGUAGCCAUUGCCGCUGCUGCCGCCACAGCAGCUGGCUCGUGCGGCGCGACUGCUUCGCCCAUCGUAGCCGAGAACCAGCUGCCUGGCGUGCCGGCGACCGAGUGGGACGUCAACGGCGCAGGCAGCUACGACGUCCAGGGCUUUGCCACGCGUGGUUCGGUGCUCCCAGGCGCGCGUGUUCACUUCAAGAUCGCGAUGGCGCAUGAGGAGACGCUUCGCGUGGAUAUUUACCGGCUGGGCUGGUACGGAGGCGACGGCGCUAGGAAGGUUGGCGAAGCGACUCUCGUGGACGUGCGAGCGGCCUCCCGCCAGCCGCCGUGCGUCAAGACGGAGCCCGAGGCGGAGCUGUGGGACUGUGGCAACUGGGACGACGUCGCAGUCUUCGAUGUACCACCGGACGCCACCUCGGGGCUCUACUUUGCUCGCGCUGUGCUGCCAGACCCUCUCGGCAGAGGCGACCCGCGAGGCACCUGGCGCGCAGACGCGAGUCGGCACAAGUACGACAGGCAGCACGUGAUGCUCGGCCGCGACGUCCUGCUGCCGCCGAUGGAGGGGCGGCACAGCUACGGCGCGAUGGGCCGCAACCGCCUCCGCAACGCGCUCCGCGAGCCUCGCGCCUCGCACAUCUGGUUCGUCGUUCGUGCGGGCGGCGACGCGGCUCGCUCCCUCCUCUUCCAGACCUCCGACACCACGUGGCACGCGUACAACGGCUGGGGCGGGCUGACCACGUACGGCAGCUUUGAGUACCCCUUUGAGCACGCGCCCGGCCGGGCGGCCUACAACCUGAGCGACCCGGAUCACGACACGAGGAGGGCGUACAAGCGCUCGUACAACACGCCGCUCAUCACGCGCGACUACCGCGCCGUCAACAUGCCGCUCACCAGCGAGUACCCCGCAAUCCGCUUCCUCGAGCGAAACGGGUACGACGUGCACUACGCCACCGGCGCGGACCUGGCGGUGCCGGCUCGCGCACGAGGGCUGCUCGCGCGCUCGACCGCGUACGUCUCCGUCGGGCACGACGAGUAUUGGACCUACGAGCAGCGCGAGGCCAUCGAGGCUGCGCGCGACGCAGGCCUGCACCUCAACUUUUGGUCUGCGAAUGAGGCCUACUGGGCGGUGCGCUUCGAGCCGUCGCGCAUCGCGCCGCCGCCGCCGCCGGCCGAGGGGGAGGAGGAGGAGGGGAGGGACGCGGCGCACGACCCGCCGCGCACGAUGGUCUGCUACAAGGAGACCCAGUCCGUCGUCAAGCUCGACCCGGAGCCGGGCGCGUGGACGGGAACCUUCCGCGACGACCGCGACAUCAACCCAAAGGGCGGCAUGCCCGAGAACGGCCUAACCGGCCACAUGUUCGCGGCAAACGCGCAGCGGAUGGACGCGCUCGUCGUCGACGGCGGGCGGUAUGGCCGCCACCGGGCGUGGCGCGGCACGCAGGUGAGCAGCAUGUCGCCCGGCGACCCUCCUCUCGUCCUCUACCCUGGGCUGCUCGGGCAUGAGUGGGACGAGGACGUCGACAACGGCUGGCGGCCGGCGGGCCUGCAGACGCUCGCGACGACGACGGUCGACAACGUGCAGGGCAUCAUGGACUGGGGGUCCACUUUCGACAGCGUGACGGCCACACACUCCCUCGUCCUGCACAGACGCGGCAACGGGACCGGCGCGUUCGUCUUCGGCUCAGGGACCGUGCAGUGGGCGUGGGGGCUCGACUCGCACCACGACGUCAACGACCCGCAGCGCGCCAACAAGUACAAUAUCCGCGUGGCCGCCGACCCGCGCGGCGGCUGCCCGGAGGUCAAGCAGCUCACCGUCAACAUCCUCGGCGAUAUGGGGGUCGUGCCGGCGACCCUCGAGCCGGGAUACUCCCUGCCGCCGCCGUCGACGGACGUGCAGCCGCCGACGGGGGGCCUGCACGAGCUCGCGGUGAGCGAAGGCUCCCGCGUCGAGGCGAGCGGCUGGGCGGCAGACGGCGGCGGCGGCGUCGUCGCCGCCGUCGAGGUGUCGUGGGACGGCUCGCGCUACCACCCCGCAGAGCUAGAGACGGUCGACGCAGAUGCCGAGUGGCGCUUCCAGUGGGGCGCGCUCGCCUGGGAGCGGGCGCAUGGAGACCCUCCCCCGAGGGAGCUCUCGCGGGUGUGGCUCCGCCUCACCGACGAUAGCGGCAACUCCGCUGUGCUGCAGGCCGGCGCCCCGCCUGCCGCGCAGUAG